GUUGGCACUGGGUGGCAAAAUGAGAUUUGAAGACGAGGCCGCCGCAGGUGAGGUUUGCCAGCAACGAGAGUCCACGCUUGGCGGCCAGUUAAGUGGGAAACAUCACAGAGAGAGGCUAAAAACAAAACAGGAAAAUGAGGUUGUGGUGGGUUCUCCUGCUUGGUGUACUAAUUGUGAGUGGCACUGUGAGGAGUGCCAAAGUUCCAAAGGACGGUGAUGACGAAGACGAUAAGGAUAAUAAUGGAGAUGACAAGGAUAAUAAUGUAGAUGAUGACAAUGAUAACGAUAAGGGAAAAGAUGAUGAUGCCAAUGAUGAUGAUGAUAAGAAAGGCAAUGAUGAUGAUGAUGAAAACAAUGAUGAGAAAGGUAAAGAUGGCGACGAUGAUGAUGAUGAUGAUGACGACGACGAUGAUGGCAACAAGGGUAAUGAAGAUAAAGCUGAUGAUGACGAUGGAGCAAGAUAUCUAGUUCCAAUGGCUCCAGCUAUACUUUUAGUAGGAACAACAACUUUGAGAGUAAUUGGUUGAAGACUCAUGAAAAGUGAACAAGAACUUUAUAUCCGUCCUCCAAACAUCACUUAUAUUUCACUAAAGAACAUGGCGAGAACUCUCAAAGUAGACCUAUCUACAACACUGCAGUGGUUUUUAUAUGCAGCCCAUGUAUUUUAAAAGUCUUAGUCAUGUGACAUGGAAUUCCAUAUCCUAUAACAUAUUUGACUCAUGACAUUACAAUUUAAGAAUUGUAUUAAAUGGAAAACAUUUUGAGUGGAUAAAUUUACUAUAAAUAUUCUGAGGAGGAUAUUCUAGAUGACAAAUUGGUCCCACGUGACAUGCAGUAAGGGCUCAUAAGUGCUGGUAUGAGGCAUGGCGGAGCUGCCUUGGCCCAUGUAAACUACAUGUUUAAAUUAUAACUGGUGUGCAAAGACUACAAAUAAACUAACCCAUGUCUUUUAAAUGACUCAAUAUCAAAGUAAACUGUACUGAAUAAGUGCAAAAAUAUAUGUACUAAAAUUAUAAUAUAUUUUUAUAAUACUACAAACUUUAGAUUGUUGAUGUAUAAUAUUGUUGUACAAUAAUAAUGGGUAUUGAUGUAGCUAUUAUUGUGAACCUAACUUGUAGUUGCAGACAAUAUGUAGUAUCAUUAUACAAAUAAAGCUUUUGGCACUUCUAGAAUAUUCAAAGGAGUUGUAAAGCUUUUGGUUAUCGUGCAGACCAAUAUUACAAAGUUUAGUUAAAACACAGACAAUGUUUUACAUAACUGCACCAAAGUACUUAGCUAUAGACAGAUACCUAAACUGUGACAAUAAUAAUGAGAUGUUCACCGAAGUACAAAAGCCCUAUGGUUUAUAACAAAUGUCACCAUAGUAUUCAUUAUUGGUUCUGCUCACUGAUGAUGGUAAUUAUGAUCCUUAUUUAAGCAUAACACAAUUCCCAUGAUCUGUACAAAUAACUUGCUUCAGCCACAUGCAAUGAAAAUUAAAGGCUUCCCUUAAGCAUACACCUAAUUGGCCAAACUGUCUACAUCAGUGAUUCCCAAACUUCUUUUCCAUGUUUAUUAAUUUUGUUUCAAAUAUUUUUGUAAACCGAGUUGUUCUGCAGACCACCUGAAUGAAGUUCAUGUUGUGUACCUUUUUGGUCUAAAGCACACACCCAGAGACACUGGCUACACACACAAAAGCACCAUUUUACACGGUUGUUCUUCAAGAAUUUAUGACUCAUUCAUUUGUGAUGUGUAAUUACUAAUUCUAGACUGCACAGAAAUCAUCCUCUUAGUAAACUACAAUUAUAAAUUGAAGUGUGUACUAUCCAGUAUGUGUAACUUGUGGAGUUUGUGUAAAAAAUGUAAGACUGUUUCUAAUAAAAGUGUAUGAUUACUUUA